AUGUCAGGAGUCAAGGGUGGCCACCAAGGACAGCAGAGCCAGGCUCAGCAAUGCAAGGACCCAUGCCAAAAGCAAGAUCCAUGCAAGGACCCAUGCCAAAAGCAAGAUCCAUGCCAAAAACAGGAUCCAUGUAAAGACCCCUGCCAAAAACAGGACCCAUGCAAGGACCCAUGUAAACCAGUACAGGUCUGCCAGGAUAAAAGUCCCAAGUGCCCUGAUCCGUGCAACCCAUGCCCACCUGAUCCCUGCCAACAAAAGCAACAAGGAGUGAAAAAGUAAACUUCAAAUGAAGGCUGUUAUCUUGUUCCACAGAAGCAUUUUAUGCUGAAUAAACAGAUCAAAUAAUUGAACAU